ACUGCUCUUAACUCCCCCCACCUUUAAUUUGCAGGUAAAAGAGGAAUUCUAGAAGAAAAGACACUUGUAGUUUGCAAGCAUGCCAUUUCCCUUUGGCAAAUCACACAAGUCUCCUGCAGACAUAGUGAAGAAUUUGAAGGAAAGCAUGGCAGUUCUAGAAAAACAAGAUAUUUCUGACAAGAAGGUAGAAAAGGCUACCGAAGAAGUUUCAAAAAACCUAGUUGCCAUGAAAGAAAUCUUAUAUGGCACCAAUGAAAAGGAACCUCAGACAGAAGCUGUAGCCCAGCUUGCUCAAGAACUAUACAACAGUGGUCUUCUUAGUACCCUAGUAGCUGAUCUACAACUCAUUGAUUUUGAGGGUAAAAAGGAUGUGGCUCAAAUAUUCAACAACAUUCUGAGAAGACAAAUUGGUACUAGAACACCCACAGUUGAAUACAUCUGUACUCAGCAAAAUAUAUUGUUCAUGCUGUUAAAAGGGUAUGAAUCUCCAGAAAUUGCUCUGAAUUGCGGAAUCAUGUUAAGAGAAUGCAUCAGACACGAACCACUGGCGAAAAUAAUCUUGUGGUCAGAACAAUUUUAUGACUUCUUCAGAUACGUGGAAAUGUCAACAUUUGACAUUGCUUCAGAUGCAUUUGCAACUUUCAAGGAUUUACUUACCAGGCACAAAUUGCUGAGUGCAGAAUUCUUGGAACAGCAUUAUGAUAGGUUCUUCAGUGAAUAUGAAAAAUUGCUCCACUCAGAAAACUAUGUAACAAAACGACAGUCACUUAAGCUACUUGGUGAAUUGCUACUGGAUAGACACAACUUCACAAUUAUGACAAAAUAUAUCAGUAAACCUGAAAAUCUCAAGCUAAUGAUGAAUCUUUUACGGGACAAAAGUCGCAACAUUCAGUUUGAGGCCUUCCAUGUCUUUAAGGUGUUUGUAGCCAAUCCUAACAAGACGCAACCUAUAUUAGAUAUUCUCUUAAAGAACCAGACCAAACUUAUUGAGUUUCUCAGCAAGUUUCAGAACGACAGGACCGAGGAUGAACAAUUUAAUGAUGAGAAGACCUAUUUAGUUAAACAGAUCAGGGAUUUGAAAAGACCAGCACAACAAGAAGCCUAAUCUUCUAUAAACCCCUAAAAUAUUAAAUCCAAAUUCAGCAUUUGCUGUUAGAUAUUCAGCAUCAGGCACUCUUAUCACUUCAUGAGGAACAUUACUGCUAAUCUGCUGUUCAGUGAACAGUUUGUUUGUUUUUUUUCUUCUCUUUAUUUUUUAGUCCGAGUUGACAAACCUAGCUGCUGCUUUCUUGCACAAUGUGGACUUUCUUGAUAUUUGUGUCUGAAUUCAAGCACACUGCUUGUUUUUAGAAGUCCGGGGUGGGGGUGGGAUGGGAAAGAUUAUUGGUUCAUGAAACAAACAUAGAAGAUAGUUUGGGAUAGGAGAGACGGUAUUAGAGUAGUUUGCGACAGGGUGCAUGCUAGCAAAUCUGAUUCAAUCCAUAUGUUUGCACUUAACCUUGUAUGAGAUGCGAGCACAACGUGAUCUGUGCAUAUCUGGCACCAUAGUAUAAGAUUAUAUGCCUUGAUUUUUUUAAAAAAAAUGUGCAGUGCUUUAAUUGUAAUCAAAGGGGAAAUGUAUCUAAGAUGUGAGCUUUCUGGGAUGAACAGUUGUCUUGCAAAUAAAAUUGAUACUGAAACAUAGCAACUUCUAAGAGUGACAUCUCAGAGUUCAUAAGGAAAAUGUAUAUAUGCCUUUCAUUGCUUUAUAGUUUGUUUUUGAGAGUGAUUUUCUGAGAAUUGAGAUGUAGACUUGGAAAUACAUUAUAAAUUUUUUUGUUAAUUUUACUUCAAAGUGUUUCAGACAAUAGAGCUUAGCAGUGACACUUUGUAUUUCAUUUCAACAAUGCUUGUUUUCUUCUGUAUAUAACUCCUACGCUGCUCAUUUCUUUAAAAAUGAUUUAAUUUGUACAGCAGAGGAAUGUUAAUGUAUUAGUCUGUAACUUUUACCUGAUACUGAUACUGAGUUUUGCAAAAUGAAAGCUCAUGUGAAAUGAUACUUUGGAUCACAUGAAAAUACUGAUUUCACAUUUCUUAAAUACUGCAGCAUUAAAAAGAAUCCAUUUUUUUCUGUAUUUGCAGAUAUAAUGCAGUGCCAUCAGUUAGAGUAGACUAAAAAAAUAGCUCUGGAACCCACUAACUUGUAUUCUUUAAUGUUGGCCUUCUCCAUUUAUGUUAGUGCUGUGUUCGGCCAAUUGUAAAUUAUAAAGAUUAUGCUAAAUUAAUUCAGAUUUGUUUUUUCUUGUGGGUAUAAAGAGAAGCUCUCUUUUCAUAUAGUUAGUAUAAUAGUUGUGUUGGUAUUUAACUUAUAUUUCCCCUUCAACAACCAUAAUUUUCAUAACUGUCCUAGUGUCAAUAUCUUGUUCCUUAAUGCUGCAAACUAUCAGUAUUUAUUUUUUUUAAAGACUGAUUUUGCACCACUUUUUUGUUACUGUGAUCAUAACAGAAAUGCUAGAUAUAUCUAAACUAUGUUAUCAAAAUCUUAUCUAUUCAUCGUAAUAGUAGUACUGAGAUCACAACCAGCCAACUUUGUGAAUUAGGGGUAUGAAAGUUCAAAUUCCGCAUGAUUGAAUCUGACUGAGAAUGCUAUACAAUUAUUUAUUGCUUUCUAGCUUCUAUAUGAUUAAAUUAUUUCACAAAUGAUUAAUCUGCUGAUUGACAUUUUAGCUAAUUUUUAAAGCCUUCAUGAAGGAAGUUGGAAUACAGUCCAGCAAAUAGGAUUCUGAUAAUGUUGGAUAUCAACAUGGCUAUGCUUCUUUCAGCAGCCAUAAACCAUUUGUCCUUUGCAAAAUGGUCUGUAAUAUCUACUGAAAAAAAAAUCAUAAUCCUUUAUUGAAUCAUUUAUAUAAACAGGCAAAACAACCAUGGAGGUGGUAAUAUUAUAGUUCAGUACUCUGUCCUUUUUUUAUAUUUUGGUUUAUUAUAGCUAAGACAAGGAAAUAUUAGGUGGCAAGUUAUUCUCCAUUAUGCAUAAGGCUUCCACUUUUAGGAAAAAAAUAUAGACAUGCUAAAAGUUGUAUAUGUGUGUGUGUAUAUAUACAUCUCUGUGUGUGUGUGUGUGUACAUACACACACACACACACAUAUAUAUCUAAAUAGAUAUAUGAAAGUUAAAAGAUGGAUCUGGAUAUUGAUUUUGCUUCUCUAUUAUUUGGCAUGGGACAAAAUGGCUAUACUUUUAAAAAAACAUUAAUCCUUGGAGUGUUGGCUUUCAGAAAAAAGUUGUAUUUAAGACCAUUUGAUGUGCUAUUCAUAUUAAAAACUAUUGUACUGGAAAUGGUUUCUUAUCUGUGUGAAGGCUUAAAGAUAUUACUAAAAGUUAUUUAAUGUGA